AAGGUAUGGUCCAAACCGAACCAGCCAACUUCGUUUUGAGUUUGAUUAGUGUAAAAAAUUGCCACCCUAGAUUCAGCCCCCAUGCUAAACUGGCCACCCUAAUAUAUUUUUGUUUCCUUGUGUAAAAUGCUUUCCUUUUGUGUACGGGUGCUUUCCUUUUGUACUUUUCCCCACAAAUUUAAAUAGAGAUCCUCUUGUUCCAGUCCCAAUUGUGCCGUUUCAUCAUCUUCUUAGUUCUGUCUCACAUACUCACAAGAUAAAAAUUGUUUCUUCUGAAUCCAAAUUUUUUGGGUUUAAAGGAAUUAGACAGAGAGAAUAAAUAAUGGGAUCAUUGAACAGCGAAGAGGAGGUGGAACAGAUGGGAGAUGAGUCAAAUAAGUCCAUAUCAUAUGUGCCCCAUCUUGAAGGGGACUGGAGUGUAAUUGUGACUCCAUCUACAGAUUAUACGCCCCAUGUCAUCACUGCCGAACCUGGUGAGGAUCUUACAUUCAAGAUUAUAUCAGUGGCUGAACAAGGCCCAAGAGCCAUUUGGAUUAUAUCUGCAAACGGAGCAGUUUCCAAUGUUAGACUGCGUCGACCUGAUACUGAUGAAGGCAGUGUAACACUUGAGGGUGUAUUUGAGAUAGCUCAUUUAUCUGGAUCGUUUAUGUUCUACGACAAUCGAGGAACAAUGAGCGGCGGCUUGAGUGUCUCUCUGUCAGGUCCUAAUGGUUCUUUUAUAGGUGGAGCUGUUUGUGGAUCCUUGAUUGCUGCCGGUCAUGUCCAGGUCGUUGUUGGCAGUUUCAUACCUGGCGAGCCAGAUGUGAUACCAAAGGAGGUGACGAACCAAAACUCGGGUGAGCCACAACCAAACCUCGGAUCUUCGCCUCCUGGCCAAAGUGAAAACCGGGCACCUGCUUCCUAGGAUAGUUAACUAGUUUGAUUUUCCUCCUGUUGCUGUUUUAAGCAAAAGGGAUUUGUUAUAGGAAUAAUUGGAACCAAUAUGCCUAUUUAUGGCUGGGUUUGUGAUGGUUUUUCUUCAACUUUUAUUUAGUCUAGUUUCAUUUA